AUGGAUUCCAGCAUCAUCGGCAAGAUAGACAAGGCGAGGAAGUACGCCGAGGAAAAGGACCGUGUCAGUAUCAACAGCUUUUCCGCGACCUUCCAGGGCAACCACAACAGUUACGACGUGACCUUCACAGCCGGGGCAUGGGACUGUCAGUGCCACUUCUUCGCCACCCGGUCCGUUUGCAGCCACACAAUGGCCCUACAGAGAAUGCUGGACGACGUGCUGGCCAAAGUAUCCGCGGAACAUGAAGAACCCGUAGACGCCACCUGA